GCCGCCAGUCUUGCUAGGCGCGAGCUCGGCGGCGCUGGGCUGAAAAGGCAACCUUGGGCAAAACGCGGAGUUCGGAUCUAAAAGCUGAGGCUCGGCUGGACCGGGGGACGCAAGGUUCAGCAUCAACCAAGAAGCUUCCUCGACCCCUCCGCGAACUAGAGCCCCGUCAGGUGCCUCCUCAUCUCGCCCUCCAGCUGCAGCCACCGGAUCAUGGAGUCCCCAGUUCAGAUCUUCCGCGGGGAGCCGGCCCCGACCUGCGCCCCGAGCACCUGCCUGAACCCCAAUGAUAGCAGCUCGUUCCCGGGAACGGCGGAGCCUGACAGCAACAGCAGUGCAGUGUCGGAUGACACGCCACUGGAGCCCGCGCACAUCUCCCCCGCGAUCCCAGUGAUAAUCACCGCGGUCUACUCCGUGGUGUUCGUCGUGGGCUUGGUGGGCAACUCCCUGGUUAUGUUCGUGAUCAUCCGAUACACAAAAAUGAAGACGGCUACUAACAUUUAUAUAUUCAACCUGGCUUUGGCGGAUGCAUUAGUUACUACCACCAUGCCAUUCCAGAGCACUGUCUAUUUGAUGAAUUCCUGGCCAUUUGGGGAUGUACUGUGCAAGAUUGUCAUUUCCAUUGACUACUAUAACAUGUUUACCAGCAUAUUCACCUUGACCAUGAUGAGUGUGGACAGAUACAUUGCUGUGUGCCAUCCGGUCAAGGCUUUGGACUUUCGCACACCCUUGAAAGCAAAGAUCAUCAAUAUUUGUAUUUGGCUCCUGUCUUCAUCUGUUGGCAUAUCUGCAAUAGUCCUUGGAGGAACCAAAGUGAGAGAAGAUAUGGAUGUCAUUGAGUGCUCCUUGCAGUUUCCCGAUGAUGACUACUCCUGGUGGGACCUCUUCAUGAAGAUCUGUGUCUUUAUCUUUGCCUUUGUGAUUCCUGUCAUCAUCAUCAUCAUCUGCUACACCCUGAUGAUUCUACGCUUAAAGAGUGUCCGGCUUCUUUCUGGCUCCCGAGAAAAAGACCGCAACUUGCGUCGGAUCACCAGGCUCGUCCUGGUAGUGGUGGCAGUAUUCAUUAUCUGUUGGACCCCCAUUCACAUUUUCAUCCUUGUGGAGGCUCUAGGGAGCACCUCUCACAGCACAGCUGCCCUCUCCAGCUAUUACUUUUGCAUUGCUCUAGGUUAUACCAACAGCAGUCUCAAUCCCAUUCUCUAUGCCUUUCUAGAUGAAAACUUCAAGCGGUGUUUCAGGGACUUCUGCUUUCCAAUUAAAAUGAGGAUGGAGCGACAGAGCACUAGUAGAGUCAGAAAUACAGUGCAAGAUCCUGCUUACAUGAAAGAUGUUGAUGGAAUAAAUAAGCCAGUAUGACUAGUCGUGGAGAUGACUUCUUAUAGUUCUCCAGGAAGAGAAGAGUUCAAUGAUUUAGGUUUAACUCAGAUUACUACCGCAGUCUGAGAUGGAAAGUAAGAAUUUUAAACAAACUUUUAGAAAUCUGAAGAUCUGAAGUCAUGCAACACAGGUUGCAUUAGAAAUUAGGUCAGUGGAAGCAUCAAGGAUGUAGGAAUGGAGUACAGAAGAUUGGAGCAGGCAAUUACUAGUCAGGGAAUCAAGACUGACUCCCAGUUUCCUUUAUGAACAAAGAAACAGCCAUUUCCUGUGGUUACUAAGAUUUAGUUCAAGACCCAUCUGUUGUGGUCUUUCUAUGCAAUGUGAUUUUAAAAGCUCCAUUUACAAAAAUGGAAUUUUUUAAAAUAGUUUAAGAGCUUAGUGGACAUCCAAUUCAGAUAUUUACCAGUGAUAACAACAAUUUAAUAAGAACAAGAACCAUUUCCAGGCUCCAUGCUCAGUUCUUUUUUUUCCCUCUAUCUAUAGACUUGAAUUUCAUGUGGCUGUGUGAUGAGAAUUCCACUUUUAUUAUAACUUAGACCCAUAUUGAGAUUUCUGAUGUUGAUGUAUAAUAAAAAUUAUUUUGCUAUUUAUGAUUCCCAACAUACUUUACUUUCUUGAAAAGUACAGCUUGUUCAAGCAUGCUAGAUACAUACUCUUGUACUAAAGUAUGUCUUAAUGUCAAGACAUAUAAAGUAUUUUAAAUAUCACAUAAUUGUGUGUGUAUACAUAUAUAUGCACACAUGUAUAUACAUAUAUAAUUGCAUCUGUAAAAAUAUAUGUGUGUAAAUAAAGAAUGACUUACCUUCUAGCAGAAAGCCUCCCGAGGGGACACCAUUAGUGAAAUCGAGUUGAAAUCAAGACAUUCCUGACCUUCCCAUCCCUUCCCAGUGCUUCUUUCCCAGUGCUCAUAACUUACAUGUUAAUGAAUCAAGAAAUCUUUAAUUCACUCCAGGUUGUAGCACUGCAAAAUCUGUGUGCAGCUUAUGCACAGCAUCUCUUUAUAGAUAGGUGUUUUUUUUUACUAUAUUCUUUCUAUUUUUGCUCAUUUGAAUCUUGCGAUAUUAUUUUACAGCUUUUAAGAAAUACAUUCAUUCCUAACUGUGGGCUAAAUGGAGACAUUAUGUCACUCACGAUGCUUGGACAUACCUGGUAUUUUGUUCUGAGAAGAGCACCACUCUAGGGGAUAAUGCCAUGUCCAGCACAUUUUGGGUAAUUUGGCUAAUACUUCCAGAUGAUACAAAAUUUGCCAUUCUCUCCAUUGGAACUUAUGGUUCUAGAGGUAAUGGCUUUUUGCUGUAAUUAUCUGGAUAAAAGAAAGAGAUCAUUGAGAAAUAACAAUCAUCUCUUCUGUAAGCAUAUAUGUUACUAUAGAUAUAACUACAUAUGUAAAUUCUAUUCACUGUGUAAUUUAUCUUCUAUAAUUACUCUCUUAACCAAAGUUUUCUUUGAGGUUUUACAGGUAGCUAAAAAUUUUACUAUGAUUUUGUCUGCAUUCCACAUUUUUAUGGCAGCUAACACUGAUUACUUAAAGCACCAUGGCAGAGAUUUUCCUAAUGAAAAUGAAGUCCUCUUUUCAUUUUCCUGUAGCAUGUCUUAAAUUUCAUUGAUAUUUUUAGGUGGCCUUGUAAUGUAGAUGGGAAUGACUUAAAUAUUGGUUAGCAUACACAUCGUGUUUAAAAAUUCUGACUCCUACGCAGUAGAGAUGGCUACAGACAAAGUGGUGUCAGGAACAAACCCUGCUGAUGUGUGAAAUAUAAAAAAAAUCUCUUUAUGAAACAGUAAAACCCAGGAGAUUUUUCUUGAAGAUUCCUUCACUCAUUCAAAAAUAUAAGAGCUACAAUUAUGGAAUGGAUUUAUAGUAAUGUGUUUUCUUUAAAUUAGCACCCAUAUCCUCAUAUUGAUGCUACUCAUGUCUGACUAUGCUACAUCUCUUCAUAGUUAAUCGUGAGCUGGGGUCAAAUAAAUAAAUAAAUAAAUAAAGACAUGUGAAACAGCCAUGCAGGAGGGAGCAAUGAGAAUGGAAACUCAGAGUUCUAAAAAGGACACACAUUUAGAGUCUGAGAAUACUUUUAGGAAUGCUCAUUUACUAUUCAGAGAGUUUAUCAAAAUUCCAUCCUCAAAACUAAAAGGAAGCAUGGUUUGGAAAGAGGUUUUUUUGUUAAUCAAAGUUUAUGUUCAUGAAUUUUAAGAAAAUGGUUGUAUCCAAUGUUGUAUUAUUGAGAAAUAAAACUUAAAUUUGAAUAACUUAUCAGAAAAAUUAGAGCUGUUUUGAAUACUGGGAUAUAAUAAAUUAAUUAAUAUAUUAAUUGACUAACUUAGAACGUCUAUGGGCGAAAACUUGGAGAAGGCUGUAUAUAGUCAACUAUUAAAUAAUAUUUAUUUUCUAAGCAGAAAGUGAUGCAAGAUUCAAUGUAAAUAUGGAAAUUCCAUUCCUGAAAGGCAUAAACCUGCACGCAAUAGGGUGGUUUUCAUCUCUAAUACAAGAGUGUGUUCAUAUAUUCUUUAUGAUAAUGUAUAAUAUUUACAUUGUGUACUUUUAAAAGCAGAUACUUAUUUAUUGUAUAUAUGAUUUUGUGCC